AUGGCCUACGUCAGAUUUUCCCAGCGAGACACGUCAGAUUCCGGUGAGGAGUCAGUGUCGAUGAGCAUAGCAAGGUUGUGGACUUGGAUGGAGAGGUUGGUUGGAGAAGCUAUCGUGACAAUCAACAAUUUCCAGAUAAUAAAAGGUUUCCAUACAGGAAUUCAUGAUGUACUCAACAAUUGGUGGAUAAAGGACACAUGA